AUGAUCGUGCCUUUGAAGCCGCAGUCUUUGAUGGAAUAUAAGCCGUUAAUGAUUCAGAUAUUGAAUACAAAAGUUAAACAUCCUCCACCCAUCAUCAUCUCCAUUAUAAAAUAUUUUCAACUCAAGCAAGUUAAAAGACUUCAACUCCAAGGGGCGGACGUUCUGGUUGAUAAUCAAUGGUCUGAAGGGAAACUUUAUUCAUAA